ACUUACAUGGACGCGUCGCUUGGGUCUGGAAACCAUGUCGCUGAGCGACUGGAGACAAUCGUUCAUUGAUUUGACGAAUGAUUCCGACGACGACGAUGACGACGGGCUAUUGUCCUCGUUGCCCGUCGCAACAAUGGCGCCGACGAGAGCCUCCGUCCCUCUACCUAUAAGCGUUACGUCUUCAUACACCUCGACUCCUGCGAUCCGACCGACCGUAAACCACGUACCCAUACCAGGAAGCACCCCACAAACCCCCUCUAUACAUACAAGUGUCUCCAUGGUGGGCAAACAGUUGCCUAAUAAUAGUGUAACUCCACCAACAAGCUCGAGCCGACAUACACCUGCGAGCAUCGGGCGCAAUGGCGCGGCGGUCGCAACGAACUACGUUCCAAUGCCUGGAAGCACACAACACAGUACACACCCCGGACUAAGCAGCGCUGAGAGGACACCUAAAAGAAUGAGGGUUUCAGCACCUAACGGACCGGCGUCACCGCUACGAGGUGUGCAGCACCCUGCUCAAGCUACCACAACGAGAGCGAACGCUACAAACGGACAAUCAGUAGUGGACCCAAGAGCACAAGAACAUCCGCAUGCCCACAGCAAGAUGGAGCGACGUACAUACCACCCUAUUUCUCUUAACAGCUCGAGGAGCACAGAGGCAAAGGAAGCCAUGACGCAAGGACCGCCCCUAGAGCGCCCUGCUAGAUCCACGAUGAACAGGUCCGACAUAGCGAGAGAGUUAUUUCUAUCAAAAUCAAGUUACUUUUCCAGCUCUAUUGCGUUGGGCGAUAAAAAAAAGGACAGCGUUAUGUCGGAUAGACCGCCCAAGCCAGAGCUAGGUUUUCAGCAAUCUACCCCAGGUCCCACGCCAACAGCACAGCCCUCCAAACCAAGUUCGGGACGUCCGAAGUUAGCCAAUCAAUUUACGACCGAGCAAGACCACUACCUGAUAUUCUUGAAGGAAGUCAGGCUCUAUUCGUGGAAGCAGAUCACGGCGGAGUUCAACGCCGAGUUCCCCGGUCGCCAGUACUCUACCCUUCAGUCGCGCUACGCCACCAACCUUAAUAAGAGAGACCGGUCUCAGGAUCCCGCAGUAUUGCGUCUACCUUCUCGGUUUGCUGCUGAAGCAGCCGUCGAUUGGGCAACUGUGCAUGGCAAUCAUCCUGGACCUAGAGCACGUUUGGAGCCCGCCAGUCCGCGUCAAGAUAUAGCAGCAACACAACCUCUUCCGAUAUAUCAGACCACGGAGCAAGAUUAUUCCUCCGGAGCCGACUCUGCGCCUCGUCGAGAACGGUCGCAUCGGGCCAAACGUGUGAAUUAUACAUGGCCAAGAAGCCAUCUAAGGGUCGCUAGGACUGGAGAGGAUGCAGAUGAAGAUGAGGAGGUUUUCGAGAGUCUGGCAGAUACCGAUGCCCCUUCGCGGUCCGAAACACCAACUGAAGAGGUUAUCUCUGUUCCCGAUACAGCUGUGCCAGUGGAAAAUGAGCCUAUGAGUAUGAGCUAUGAUUGUGACGACGCCAAGCUUGCUCUGAACGCCCAGAAAGGUCCAGCUGGUUUGACGCAGAAGCUUCCUUAUCUCAGCAGCUCACAACGUAUAGCUAUCCAAGAUACGCACACAGAUUGGAAUUGGGACCAGUUGUCUAGCCGGUAUUGGCAAGGCGCUGUGCUUCACGUUGACUUCACUCCGAAGGAGCUAGGAGUAGUUGAGAAGGCCGUUGCGAAGAUGAUACGACUUGCUCAGGAAUCAAAGCACACGGCUAGACAAGGACAUGCGCGAGCUACCUUAGCAAAUCUGCCGGAGUCGAAGUUACUUCAGCUUAUCGAUGAUAUUAGACGACGUCUUCCCUCUCGUGAUACAAGCAGUAUUACAGCCUUCUUGCAAGAUGCGAAGGCGGGCCGUAUUCCAGAUGCCCCGCAGGUUCAGAGGCUUGCCGCUGCCAGACCGCAAGACAAGAUGAGUACAACUCAAAAACUGUCGACUUACACCAUAAUGCGUCAACGGGAACUAGGCCAGCAUGCGAAGAGGGGCUGGACUGCGGCAUCUAGACCUGUGACGUAUCAGAUCAAGAACAAAUACAUGGAUUCAUUAGGGCCUGCGUUCUCUUGGACAGGCGCAUCGAGUGACGUCCAUACCGUAGUCUGGGCCCCCGACGGUGAGUGUUUUGCAGCUGGGGCUGUCGCUGUGGAUGACCCCGAUUCCAUGCAGUAUAACAGGCCGAACAAUCUCCUCUAUGGCAAUACUUCCGAUGGGCUUAUCCACGAACUGGGUGAACAUAACAGAAAACGAGAGAAGACGGAAACUGGUGCUAACUCAACGCACGCUAUGUUCGUGUCUCAAGACCCGAAACUAUACACCACCGUCAGCUCCGUGGCAUUCGCACCUAGCGGUAGAGUCAUGUACUCGGCCGGCUACGACGAGACAAUAUGCGCAUGGUAUACAAAAACCGAUUCAGAACAGCCAGUCCUAGGUGCCAAGUUUAGAUGCAGGGCUCAAAUAGACAUCAUGACGGUUAAUCGUAAUCACGGGGGCGUCCUGGCCACCGCAGCGAAGUCAACAGAAAGUAAGGCCGUUAGACUGCUCACCCUCAACGAGGAAGACCUAUCAAUAUGUGGAAAGCACAGCUUCCAUUCGUCAAAGGCCGUGUCGCGUUCCGAUCUCAAGAUUCUCCCAACGUCUCUCCAAUUCGAGCCAGCUUUUGGUGGCCUACUACUUGCUGGCUUCGGUGCCAAUGUUCGCGAUCACGGCUUUGACACGACUGGCGAUUUGUGCCUCUGGGACGUUGAAACACAGACUCAACUACCUAUUUACGGGUCUAAUAGGAAUGUCUUUGACGUCGAGUUCAAUCCAAACCGGUCAUACAUGCCAUUGUUUGCAGUUGGAUGUGUUGCUGGAGCCAAUGUCAACCGCGGCACGCGCUCAGUACUCCGACUUUACAACGAAAAGGUGGAUAAGCUCUGGUGUCCACUUGAAAUAGAGUGCAAGGCCUUAGACAUAAACGAUGUUGUUUGGUGCCCGUAUGAUGAGCAUCUUAUCGCUGCCGGCUGCACGGAUGGACGUGCCUACGUCUGGGAUCUCCGGUGGCCAACCGAUCCCAUACGAACCCUUUCGCAUGGACGGUCUUUGAUGCCCCUGCAAGGCGGUGUUCCACACGAAGUCACGGAUACUGGUAUGCGCUUCUUAUCCUGGGGCGAAAACGCGACAAGGCUGUACUCCGGCUCUACGGACGGUGUUGUCAAGGUCUGGGAUGUUACCCGUUCAGAGGAAAACACUUUCAUCAAAGACCUGAUAACAGCCGACUCUGGAAUCAUGUCUGGCGCCUUUAGUCCCGAUAAGAGCAAGCUCAUCAUUGGUGAAAUCAACGGCUCGGUCAAUGUCCUCGAGGUCGGAAGAGAUGACUGCUCCAUCAAAGAUGUGGCGAAAUUGCGAUUUGUGCCCUACUAUGAUGAAGAGCCGGACCAGGACUCGGUCACUGGUGAACCUCAGGCCCCUGCUGGAGCCGACUCCGGAAUCGUAGAAGGAAACUACUUGCUCCAAAGUAGCCAGGUACAGCUUGCACCACUCGGCGGUCUACCAAUUCGACAGGUAGUACAAGGACCCAGAUAUGCAGGGCCAUUCGAUUCAAGCGUCGACGCUCCUUUUCUGCGCCAACAGGCUCUCGAGUUCCAAUUCAGUCUGGCAGCGAAACCAGGUCCCCAGUGCAACAUCGCCGCUUGCAAGGCUAGCAUAGUCAAGGUCACCAGCGAGGAAAUUGGUGAUUCAGGACGUAGCGCAGAUCGCAUCUCGGACGAAUUGCGUCAGCAGCGGAAAGCAAUCGAGAUCAAUCACGGCAUUAUUCCUGGUAAAUCAAAGUGCACCUACUGCAGUCGACCCGCACGACUCUCUACCACCGAUCCAGACGCCCCAAUUCUAUGCGAGCGGUGCUCUUUCGCCUGCUUCCGUUGUGGAGCUACUAAUCCCGUUGCUGCCGUCACAACGACGCUCAUCUGCCACUCCUGUGCUGGCGUCUGGGAUAUCGGGGCAUUAGGCUACGAAUGCGUUCAACAGCCCAAGACCGUUGGUACAUCCACCGGCGCGCCCUCGUUGAGGACGUUCGGGCGGGAAGCGUAUUUGGAAAGACUGGCGGAUGUGGACACGUCGUUUGGCGAUGACAUGAACGCGCUCACGGACUACUAUCAUUCCCUCGCUAUUGACAGGCCCGAGAGUCCGCCGCUAUGAGCGUUGGUCGGUCCGGACAGGCGAUGUAAAAGAGUCAGUCGAGAAAGGCGAGCAUUUGCAUAUCCAUGGGUAGCAUUCCACCACCUUCACAUAGGAAAGGAAAACUCUGGCUAGGGGCGUUUGGAAAUAAGGAAAAGCGCUGGAUACCUGCAUAUACCCUAUUGAGCGUUUCUCAAACGAAUGGUGCCCUGUAUAAUUAAUCAAAAAAAACAAUACAUACACACCCUCUUCUCUUUUUCGGCG